AUGGAAUUAAUUCAUGAACCAAAUACAGCCAUUGCUAUAACCUUCAACACCUUUAAUGAAACUAAUAUUAAUCCGUUUGUUGCUGUGGAGUUUGAUGUUCUUCACAAUCCUUGGGAUGAUAUAGGUGGUCCUCAUGUAGGCAUAGACAUCAACUCGCUGAGAUCGUCGAAUAGUUCGGUGUGGGAUCCUUAUUUGAACGGGAGAACGAUGGGUGCUGGAAUUAGUUACGAUUUCAUUUCCAAAAAUCUGUGCGUUUCUCACACAAAAUUUUCGGAAAAUAUCGAUUACCGACAGGAAUUAUGCUAUGAAGUUGACCUUAGAGAUUACUUGCCCGAAUGGGCAACCGUUGGUUUCUCAGCUGCAACAGGGUCUUCUUCAGAGUUCCAUGCCAUUCAUUCCUGGUCUUUCAAUGCAACUCUUCGAACUUUGCAGCAAGCUACUAGAUCGACUACCAUGCGCCGACUACUCUAG